AAUUACAAGGUAAUAAUUUAGCAAAAAUUACCAUAUCUAAGCCUUUUAUGUAACUUUUAAGAUUAUCUUUUAAAAAUUAAUCAACAUAAACGAACGUGCUUUAUAAACUGCUUAACGUCCGCAACAAAACAGUCUUAUGAACGAGCCCCGGGAUCUAAGCAAAGGAAAUGAAGACUCAUUUACAACGCAGGAUGUCCCAAUAGAAUUGGUGUCAGAAACCCCCUUCCCUUGCGCAGUUAGGACCUAUCCACACCAAAAAUGGGUUGUUGUUGUUGUGGCUGCAAAUGCUGCUGUAUCCUGUUAGCGGCCGUAGUGAUAGUCGUUGGGGCUGCCCUUGGCCUGUUUGCAUCGUUGUUCCCAUAUCCAAGUCAUGCGUCUUGCAAAGUGGACUGGGUGUUUGGAGAGUCGUGCCCGGACGUUAAAAGCAAGCUAAUCAACCAGAUGCACAAAUGGAGUAGCAACAACUGUGACUCAAGGCAGCAGUGCAAUUAUGAAUACUUGGGCGAGGAAGGGAGCACUAUUCGUGGACUUCACACGACUCAGGUCUUGAAGUUUGUCGACAAGUUUAAUUUUACUCUUAAUCCAGGCUAUGAUGGUAGCUGUUAUGUCAAGGGUAUCAGCGAAUCCUUAACUCCCUAUGCAGUCAUUGACUUUGGAGCAAAUUAUUGUAAUUUGCGUAAUUUGGUCAUUGGCUCGAAGUUACACAGCGGUGAUUUUGCGUACAAAGAGAAUUCAACAAAUUCAGUGUGCACCAUGUACUCCAUAGCACACUGCAACCUGUACACUUAGAUGAAUCGAAUCAUUGUUUGUUCUUUCGGAGUUGGUGGAAAUUUUGAGUUUGCUUUCUUUCUUCAGACUUAGAGAUUCAGCGAGCUUAUUUAAAAUUAUUAAUAAUUUAAGGGCGUGAAACAUGCUAUAAGUUUCAUGUCGGACAGCCAAGAUAAUUUAAGCGCAGUGUUAGGGAUUUAUUAUACAUCUUCAUUAACAGUUCAUUAUGCAUAUUUGAUGAUAAAAGUUAUACUGUAUUGCUUUGCAGUAUGAAGUAUGAGUGGUCAUUGUCAUAAGCCAUGGGGCAUAAGAAGUCCUUAACAAAAUUAUGUUCCAGGGUUUGUCUUUGGUAGAGAUUUUGUCUUUAUAAUACUCUCAACAGAAGUCACCCUUAUAAAGAAAAUGAAAACAGCCUUCAUUCUUUUUAUGCUCACAGAAAUAUGAAGUAUCACUUUUCCAUUUGGUAAACCUUUGUUACUUUAACUUUAAUUGAUGCAUUUCUUUUAUGCUUAAUUUCUGUUUUAUAUUGGUGAGGGUAUAGUAUUUUUGUUAUCUGUAUUAUUUAUUGAAGUUUUAAAUGUGUAAAAAUGUUCUUUUCUGAUGGAUGUAUGUAAAGAAGGAUCUAGUGAUGGAUGUAUUCCUUGAUCUUUGUAAUGUCAUAGGGAUGGUAUUACAUUUUUCUUUUACUCUUAGUUUUCAACCCAAGGGAUCUUUGCAUUGUCAACUCUCUAUCAAGGAAAAAGAUGUCCAGAUAUUUUCUCAUUUUUACAGUACAUCAAUACAUUAAUGAUAUGAUCAAAGCUUAUACAGUAGAUUUAAAACUACAGGCAGUCCCUGGUUUUGGCAGGGGGAGUUCUGUUCUCAGGGGGUUGCAAAAACUGCCAUUAACCGAAGCUCAGCGAUUUAUGGCAUGAGUUAUAGGCGCCAAGUUUCGGUUAAUGGCGUCGCUGUUAGGUAUGUUAUGACCCCAUAACUGUAAUUAGCACCUUAUGGUGCCACUAACCGAAACUCGGUACCAUUAUGGUGCCUUAAAUUGCCAUUAACCGAGUCCGCAGAUAACCGAGGACUGCUUGUAAUAACAUCAGAACUUUAUGGAAAACAAGUAGGUCAGUAGCCCUAAAGAAUGUAGUGCAUUGAAAUAUUUGAUUUUAUAAAAUGCCAUACAUAUUGCCAUUAGUAAAAUCCCAUGACUUUUGAAAUGGUUGCCCUGAUAGUACCUUCACUUUUAGUUCAUGAGUUUAGCUGGUAGGCCUGAAUUAAGAGCAACAGUGAAUACAGUGGUUUCAGCAUAUGUUAACCUGCAUUUGUUGUAAGUGCCUUAGUUUGAUAACUUUGCAAAUUAUUUAAUUGACCAAGGUCAGCCUUCGUUGUUGAGCGUCUGAUGCAUUGGAAGCAUUCUGAGAAAUGACCGAAAGGCAUUGGUGUAUCAGUCCUUAUUUCUUUAACAUUUAAGAAAUAGUUUCAGAUGAAGAAUACAUGGCCAAAACAUUUUCUACUGAAGAAUAUGUGGUCCAGUUUUUGGAACUUAAGUUUAUAGCCAUUCUCAUGUAGCACAUAAUUUAUAGCCAUUUUUAUGUUGGACAGAUUAACAGUUCGUUAGGUCUUUGAAUAAUUCAAGAACUUGGAAAGUGGGUGAGAUCUUGAAAUAAUAAUAAUAAUAAUUAUUAUUCAAAGAAAACUCAUAAUCACACAAGUCAAUAAAAUAGGAAAGCAAACCCACAGUAGUAUAUGUGCCGGUUUGAUUUUGCUAUUUAAGCUUUGUGCUGUAUUAUAUUUUAAACACAAAAAACAAAAUCAAACUGGCAUGCUACUGUGGAUUCAUUUUCCCAUUAUUAUUAUUAUUAUUAUUAACCUAACUUCUUUCAGUUUUCUUCUACAUAUGGAAAAUAAACCCAAGUUAUACUGAGUAUAACUUAUUUACUUGUAAGUAAACAAGUUAUACCCUGUAAUCUUUUGGGUUUCUUUUUCCAUUAUUAUUAUUAUUAUUAUUAUUAUUAUUAUUAUUAUUAUUAUUAUUAU